AUUUGACAAAAACUUUUUGAUCGCAUAGUUUCGCGAUUCACUCCAAGAGUUAGAGUGCCAUUGAAAGCCAUACAAAGCGCUCGUAUCUCUCGUAUUGAGUCAAAUGCUUGAAAAGUAAAACAUUUUUUAUUGCGAUUGUGACAUUGAAUUUGUUGCGACAAAUUAUUGGAAAACUUUUGCUUUUGUGUAUCUGUCUGUCAACCCAUUUAUCGGACUUAUAUAUAAUGUAUUCAUCGAGCAGUUGGUGGCGAAACCCUUCCCCUUCGUGUACACCAAAUGAGUUAAUAGAUAUCAUAACCAAACCAAACGGUGGCUAUUAUUUCGUGCCCACAGAGCCAUACAAUGAGGUCUAUCCGCGACUUUAUAUCAGCGAUGGUACGACAGCCAUAUGUCUGUCACUCCUUCGCCGACUGGGAAUAACUCAUGUCCUGAACGCCAGUUGUGGUAAAGACAAGUCGUUUUGUUUAGUCAACACUUCGGCAGAAUUCUACCGGAGCUCUGAAAUAGAGUUCAUGGGUGUGGAGGCGCUCGACAUCUCUAUAUUCCCCUUAUAUAAGCACUUCGGACGGGCAACAGAUUUCAUUCACGACGGCAUCCAAUGCGGGGGAAAAGUGUUGGUCCACUGCGGCGAAGGCAUCAGUCGAUCGGCCACUCUUGUGUUGGCUUAUCUCAUGAUUAGAUGCGGAUAUACGGCUCAGGAAGCGGUGGCACAGGUCCGCAAACAUCGCUCUAUAUUCCCAAACAUCGGAUUUCUGAGACAAUUGUGUGAACUCAACGAUCAAAUCAACCACAGAAAGACGCGAACCUCACGAGCGGUCAGUAGUGUGUUGUCGCACAAGGAUCUGAUGGUCACAUAAUUAUGUCUCUAUUACUCACACUUUAUCUCAUUUUAGUAUACAUUUACUGUAUUCUGGUCA